CUAAGAUUAACUCGGCUUAGAAACACUAGCCGAGGAGUUGCUGGGGUCUUGUGGUGACUAAGUAACGUCAACUUGCACGUACCUUGUUUAUGUCAAGAUUUAGGAGCCGAAGUACUUCGGAACGGUAACAGGGCACCUACGACUCUAUUUGGCUCUACGGAUGGGCAGAGGCGAGUAGAAGUUCAGCUGACGGAUAUUCCGCUGGACAACGAUGACUAUGGAAGUGUGGGAGCGCAGACAUGGGGCGGGGCAUGUGUCUUGGCGGAAAUGAUUGUGGAAGAUCCUGACCGGUUUGGACUAGAUUUAUCAUCUGGUGGCGCUGAAUCACGCAGGCUCAAUGUCCUCGAGUUCGGAGCAGGGACAGGGUUGGUCAGCUUGGCGGUUGCAAAAUUAUUGGAUAUCUUGCCGUCUUUCAAUCAUUGCGAAGUUUCUGUAGUCGCGACCGAUUUCUACCCUUCGGUGUUAGCAAACCUUAGGUCAAACAUUGACACGAAUUUCCCCCCCACGCACAAUCAGAUUUCCUCGGCCCAUUCCAUUACCACUCAUUUCCUCGACUGGUCUUCGUUCUCUACUACUCCUCGACCGGACGAUCUUUCAUGCCCAUUUGAUAUAGUCUUUGGUGCGGACAUUAUCUACGAAGCCCAACACGCGGUCUGGCUCCGGGACUGCCUGAAAGGGCUUGUGCGUCGUCCUUCUGAUGGCGCCGCAUCUCCUGCCGCUUUUCAUCUUGUGAUACCACUUCGCCCAACACACACAUUUGAGUCGAGCACGGUUGAAUCCGUAUUCCUCAAGGCAUGUGAUGUUGAUCCGAACGAUGAUGCCGAUCUCGUGAUAGUAUCGAAGGAAUCUAUUGUAUGUGAUGCACAUGGUGAUUAUACGAGAGGACAGGGUCUUGAUGAAGACGUGGAGUACGUUUAUUAUAAAAUUGGUUGGUCUAAUGCACAAUUAUAGAAUCGUAGGGUAUAGAGUACGGUCAUAGAGUCUAGAUCACAUAGAGUUGUCGUUUACAUAAGUGUCGCUAUUUAUAUAUGGGUGGUUUACUUAAGUUUCAAC